GAAUCAAGAUCCACUGCUUAGACCGGCCGGUUUCGUUGGUUCUCCCGUGCAGUCUUUCAGGCCUUUCUGGCGCUGAAGAGACAGGCUGAAGCAUGUCCAGGCCAGAUGCCGAGGCGCAGGCACAGCAGGCGCUGACUGGCUAUCACCAGCUGGCUGAGGAGGAGGGCUGCUUCCCCUGCAACCUGUGCCACGUGUGUUGCCGCAGCCUCCGGCGCGAGCUCAGCAGCGCCGAGGGGCGGCUGCGGGUGCUGCUCUGGUGCGCCGCCAUCGCCGUGGCGCUGAUCCUAUUCCGGGGUCCCCUAGGGGACCUCCUCAAGGUGCUGGUGGACGUGCUGGAGUACAUCUUGAAGCCUCUGCUCCUCUUUGGCGACGUCAUCCCGCCGCCUGUUGUGGAGAUCUUCUGCGUGGUGGCAGUGGGAGGCACGCUGAUGUACCUCUGCGCCAAAUGGCCCCAGGUGGCCGUUCCGGUCGCCGUGACGGUCUUGGUUUCUGCGGCGUACGUGGUGCUGCGGUGCACCCUGUUCAACAGACCCUCAGAGGAUGCGGAUCAAGACUUCUGCCGCUGAGCAGAAGGGCUCCGCGUACCUCGGUACCGCCGGGA